UCUGCUCUCUUCUCACUUCUUCUGUACUCUUCAGAUUUCUUCAGACCAUCUAGAAGCCUGAAGCUCUUUCUCUUCUGGUCCCGAGGUCCGGCAACAGAAUGAGAGUCUGGGUCUUCUUCGUCCUGUGCCUGGCUGGCAAAGCACUAGCUGCUCCUCAGCAGGAUGCUCUGCCAGAAGAGGAAGAGGUCAUAGAAGAUGUUGUGACAGAGGAAACUGUGGGAGCAAAUCCCGUACAAGUGGAGGUUGGGGAGUUUGAUGAAGCGAUCAAUGAAGAGGAGGAGGAAGAGGAAGCUGUUCCUGAGAAUCCUUGUUUGAACCAUCACUGCAAGCACGGCAAGGUCUGUGAAGUUGAUGAGAACAACACUCCAGUUUGCGUGUGCCAGGACCCCUCCACCUGCCCUGCCAGCGUCGGAGAGUUUGAGAAGGUCUGUGGCACUGACAACAAGACCUAUGAUUCUUCUUGCCACUUCUUUGCUACCAAAUGUACCCUGGAGGGAACCAAAAAGGGCCACAAGCUGCAUCUGGAUUACAUUGGACCAUGCAAAUUCAUCCCUCCCUGCAUGGACUCUGAGCUGAACGAAUUCCCUCUGCGUAUGCGCGAUUGGCUCAAGAAUGUCCUGGUCAGUCUGUAUGAACGCGAUGAGAACAACAACCUGCUCAAUGAGAAGCAGAAACUGAGGGUGAAGAAAAUCCACGAAAACGAGAAGCGCUUGGAAGCUGGAGAUCACUCCAUGGAACUGCUGGCCCGUGACUUUGAGAAGAACUACAACAUGUACAUCUUCCCCGUACACUGGCAAUUCGGACAGCUGGACCAGCACCCCAUCGAUGGGUACCUGUCCCACACUGAGCUGUCCCCUCUCCGUGCCCCUCUGAUCCCCAUGGAGCAUUGCACCACCCGCUUCUUUGAGGAGUGCGACCUCGAUAACGACAAAUACAUUGCAUUGGAUGAAUGGGGCAAGUGCUUUGGCAUCAAGGACCAGGACGUUGACCAAGAUAUGAUCGUCUAAGCAACACAAGGAUUUCUGUCUCGUACAGUUUUUAUUUCUGUAAUAUUAUUUUGUAUCUCCUCUUUCACAUCUUAGUUUUUAAUAUUUGUCUCUCGGGAGUUGGAGCGGCAAAAAAAAAAAAAAAGAAGAAGGUGCUAACUUAGAACAACAGAUUCUAUUAAUGGUGCUUAGACCAACACAAACAAAAUUUGUUAGCUAAUGGAGGAGAUGACUGUGUCACCACUAGCUCUGAAAUCCAUUGUCUGACCUGUUUAAUCAUACUUUUUUUUUUCUUUCUUUUCUAAAUGUCCAAUUCCCUAGUUCCAACCUAUUUUUUUUUAUUCUUUCUGGACAAAAAAAAAAAAAAAGAUAAAUAGAUUGGCUUAUAGCUGUAAUCUAAAGGCAGAGACUUUUGUUGUUGCUUAUCGUUGUCUAUGUUGAUGGCUACCCCUCAAAAUGGAGUGUUAAAGCAGGACUUUAACCCCUUCUCUGCUGGAGUAGCCCACCAAGAGUUGCAGAGACACUCUAGCAAUGAAGGGGUUAACCCCUGACCGGCAUGCAGGGGUUAAGUGGGUGGCGGGAUCUAGAAUUGGACCAGUGGUAUGGGCUCCCUCCGACAUCCUUGGUGUAUAUGUUGGGGGGGUUCUGCUUGACCCAAGUGCAGUAUUGGUUACCCCCCCCCAAAAAAAAAAUGGCUGCGCACAACUCCAUACAAAGAAUAAAAGACUGAAAAUCU